AAGAAGCUUGUUUAGUCUUAUCAUCAAACAGUCAUGUGUAACCAAAAGCACUACGGAGAAGAAAGAGCUUCAGCUUUCCUUAGGCUUCGGAUUUUCAUGGGAAAACUGCGAAAGCCCCUCUCGCUUUUAGCGGCAGCCAGAGAAACCGGAGCUGGCGAUUUUGAUGAAGAAGAACUGGAAGUGCCAAUGAUGACAGUACCAGAUGAUGUGAAGGAAGGGCAUUUCGCAGUGUUGGCGGUGAAGGGUGAUGAGAAAAGGAGGUUUGUCGUUAGGCUUAAGUACUUAAAUAGCCCUGAGUUUUCGAGGUUGCUUGAACAGGCUGAGGAAGAAUACGGAUUCGAGCAUUCCGGAGCUCUUGUGGUACCUUGCAGACCUGAAGAAUUACAAAAGAUUUUAGAAAGAAAUUGCGGAGAUCAGAUCGAAUUUUGAAGACCUUCAUGUAAUCUUUAUUGUCGUGUAUGGAUACUAGGCAACUUAACUCAUGUUAUUCUUUCAUUGGUUUAUGUAACUAAGCCAUUUUUAUAUUUCAUUCUUUAAUUAAUGUAAUUUGGUUAAUUAACCAUAAUGUUAAUGAAUUGUUCUUUA